UCGGCACUAGUUCCUGGUGCUUCGUGCCAGCCUGACACACCACCUCAGCACCGCUGCAAAACACAGCGCUAGGCCGGUAACUCACUCUGAACCGGGACGGGUGAACCGUUCAUAAUGUCUGAUAUGGAAGACGACUUCAUGUGCGACGAUGUAGAGGACUACGACCUGGAAUACUCAGAAGACAGCAAUUCAGAGCCAAAUGUGGACCUGGAGAACCAGUACUACAACUCCAAAGCACUGAAAGAAGAUGAUCCCAGAGCAGCACUCAGUAGCUUCCAGAAGGUUCUGGAGCUUGAAGGAGAAAAAGGAGAAUGGGGGUUUAAAGCACUUAAACAGAUGAUCAAAAUCAACUUCAAGCUGGCCAACUUUCCAGAAAUGAUGAACAGAUACAAGCAGCUGCUCACGUACAUUAGAAGUGCUGUCACCAGGAACUACUCUGAGAAAUCCAUCAACUCCAUACUGGAUUAUAUUUCUACCUCCAAACAGAUGGAUUUGCUCCAGGAAUUCUACGAAACCACACUUGAAGCAUUGAAAGAUGCAAAAAAUGACAGAUUAUGGUUUAAGACUAACACAAAGUUGGGGAAACUAUAUCUAGAGCGAGAAGAAUAUGGAAAACUGCAGAAGAUCCUUAGACAACUCCACCAGUCGUGCCAGACAGACGAUGGCGAGGAUGACUUGAAGAAGGGUACACAGCUGUUGGAGAUCUAUGCGCUGGAAAUCCAGAUGUAUACAGCACAAAAGAACAACAAGAAACUCAAAGCCUUGUAUGAGCAGUCACUUCAUAUCAAGUCUGCCAUCCCACACCCACUUAUAAUGGGUGUUAUUAGAGAGUGCGGAGGAAAGAUGCAUCUGAGAGAGGGCGAGUUUGAAAAAGCUCACACGGAUUUCUUUGAGGCCUUUAAAAACUAUGAUGAAUCUGGAAGCCCAAGAAGGACAACUUGCCUAAAGUACCUGGUUCUUGCAAACAUGCUAAUGAAAUCUGGAAUCAACCCCUUUGACUCACAAGAGGCCAAACCCUACAAAAAUGACCCCGAGAUCCUAGCCAUGACAAACUUAGUAAGCGCCUACCAGAACAAUGACAUCACUGAAUUCGAGAAAAUAUUGAAAACAAAUCACAGUAACAUCAUGGAUGACCCCUUCAUCAGGGAGCACAUAGAAGAACUCCUGCGGAACAUUAGAACUCAAGUACUUAUCAAACUCAUCAAACCAUACACAAGAAUACAUAUCCCAUUCAUUUCUAAGGAGCUGAAUAUUGACGUAUGUGAUGUGGAAAGUUUGCUGGUGCAGUGUAUCUUGGACAACACAAUCCACGGUCGCAUUGACCAAGUCAACCAACUACUAGAACUGGACUACCAGAAGAGGGGAGGCGCUCGCUACACAGCUUUAGACAAAUGGACAAACCAGCUGAACUCACUCAACCAAGCCAUUGUUAGCAAGCUCACAUGAUAGCAUUCAAGAUCAAGAGACAAGGAAAAAUGGCAUGUUUGAAUACAUCCACAAAGAAUGCUACUGUGCUUCUUAGAGUAUAUGGUCUGAGACGAGAGACACAGCACACUUUUUGUGAAUGCAACCCCACACCGAGAAGACUCUUAAAAAAUGGAGAACACGUUCAAGGUGUUCACCCUCUUCCUCCCCCGAGGACAAGGAAAUCACAUUUGCUCAUUUUUGCUUUUCAUGUUCCUGAUUGGCAGAUCCUUUCCAUGUGCAACACAAAUGCUUCAAUUGUUUGAAAAUAUAGUUCUGAUGUGUAUAAAGGUGUACACAGUAUUUUAAUGUAUACUGUUGCCUGUUGGUAAUAAACAGAUUCCU